CGAGAUCAUCCGCUUCAUUUUUCUUCGCUCAUUCUGUUUCCGUGAUUUUAGCCUAACCGAAGCUCCUCAACCGUUUCGUUCUCUUUCUUUCUUUCAGCAUUUCAGGUCUCCUUCCCAUUCUCUCUCUCUCUCUCGCCGGCCGGAAAAUAUAGCUGAUCUGUCGGAGAUGGCCCGGGAGAUGGAGGAUCUCGCUGCCCGCUUCGCUGUUUUUUGUGCCGAGGGAGUGAAAUCCAGUAAGAAACGGCCGAUACGAUGGUUUUCCUCGGUACGUCAACAAGUGCCUCAAAUACCUAGUAAUUAGGGUUACUUUGCUUCUUAUUUGCUGUCUGCAGUUGGUCAGAAGGGAUUCUAUUGUUCCGUCGCCUGAUCUCUUUGCUAGGAUUCUGAUUUCUAGGGUUUUCUUUAAAGAAAGGUUGGUGAACUUAGGUAUUUGUUCCGUUCCGUUCACAAGAUUAUUAGUUCGUCUUGGUUUUUGAGUUUCCUGGUGGUGGGGAAGGCUAGUUUCCCUUCUUUAGCUUGUCUUUCUUCUCCAGGUGGAUAAAUUGUUUAGACGUCUGCGCUUUUCUGUAAUUGAAUUGAGGGCAAUUGGAGAAGGAACCGAGGUUUAAUGUUAGAGCUAGGGUUGAGUUUGGAGAUAUUAGAGGAUUCUAAGUAGUUUGAGGUAAUGGGGAGAAUAGAAUUGUCAGUGAAGAAGAUUGGCAAACUGAACUUAAGAGAAGAAGCGGCAAAGGCGACUCUGCGUACCGUGUGGCAACAGGGACAUGUGUAUAUCGAGCUGAGAAGAAUUACUAAACGCAGCAUCUUCUUCUGCACACUUUGUCUUACACAGUGUUUCAGUGAAGCCGUGCUUUAUGAUCAUCUCCGAGGAAAUUUCCACUCUAAGAGAUAUAGUUCUGCUAAAAUUACUCUUUUCCUUCCCAAUCCUUGGCCGUUUAAUGAUGGCGUUCUUUUCUUUGAUACCUCCCUGGCAAAGGAUCUCAGCAUCAAGUUUGUUUUGGAGUCUCAAAGGGGUGUUGUUUUGGGUGUUAAUGGUGGAAGGAGUGGAGCCGCUGCUAAGGUAGAUGAACUAAGAUCGAAGUUUAGAGGUACCUCUGAUCAAGAUCUUACUAACCUAACGUCAGAUCAUAUUAGUAAUGCUCGGAAUGCAGGCAAACCUGCUAUUGGUCAUGAGAAAAUUAAAAAGUGCAAGGGUGUGCAGGAGCAUUUUAGCAUUUCUUAUGUCCUUCCUAAUGAGAAAACUUCAAAAUUGGAGUUGGAAAUCAUUGGUUAUGGACAUAUUGGUGCUAAACUCCAUGAAGACAGUGAGAAAAGCUGCAUGUUUAGCAGAAUUUGGUGUGCUUGGUUGGGUGAUGGCAAUUCUGAUGGUUGUGAUGAGUUAUUAGCAUCCCCAAAGUGUGAUUUUGCUAUAGUGAGCAUCUCUUACACCUAUGAUCUUGGAAAAAGGUGUGACAUUCAAGAUGAAGUCAGGCCUCCCUCACCUGGUUCUUUCUUUGAGAUUGAUCAAUCUGGAAGACGAACAAAGAAGAGAAAAAAAUCAUUCUCAGAUCCAGAGGAUAGUUCUGAAUCUUUUGCUGACCAGUGUGCUUCCUCUUGUGAGCAGUCUCAUAUUGUAGGAAGCCUUGGCAAUUCACAUUCUAGACAUUGUCGACGAACGCAAAGCAGGGAUCUCAGGAAAGAAUUGAGGGAACAAAACAUUUUAACUGCUCAAAGGAAAUGUGAUAUAUGUCAGCAGCCAAUGCUUCUAGGAAAGGAUGUUGCUACCUUGUUGAAUUUAAAAACUGGUAGAUUUGCUUGCAGCAGCAGAAAUAUCAAUGGAGCAUUUCAUGUGUUCCAUGUCUCUUGCCUUAUACACUGGGUAUUGCUUUCUGAGUUUGAAUUAUGGACCAAUCUGUCAACGAAUCCGAAAAAUACCCGAGGGCGCAGAGGGAAAUCAGUUAUUAAUAACAACCUUAUCUCUUCUAUAUUUUGUCCAGAGUGUCAUGGUACUGGUAUUCGUAUUGAAGGCGAUGCAUUAGAGCAGCCCAGUCUUUCGCUAUCUGAGACAUUCCUGUACAAACUAAAGGCUAUUAAAGCUCAAAAAGAAUGGAUGAAAAGUCCAGAAAAUCUCCAGAACUGUUCUACUGGUCUUUGUUUUCCUUCUGAAUCCACUGAGAAGUUGCAGGGAAAGGUGAGACCGGCGAAGUUGUUGCUCUUCUACCGAGCUUAUAAAUAGAUUCUGGGGCUACCGUGCAAUGCAAGAGCGUGGCUGGUUAUUGAUAUAGCAGAUUUCUAGUAAGUUCUUGUAAAUUUCUUUCAGUAGGGUGAUUUCUGUAGAAAGUUGACUUGAUGUGGGUGUGUUUGACGCUAUGAUUGAUUCCUUAAAAGUUGGAAGUGUGUGUUUCUUUAGCUGAGAGUGAAGUAUAUAUGCUUAGGUCCACUUGUACAUGAAAUUUCCGUGUUAGUUUGACUUGAAAGCUGAUGGCUCUAUGCCAACCUUAUAUUUCAAUGGCUGAUUGCUUCGUGCC